AUGAGGGGGAAAAGCGUUCUUCAAAGCUUACAAGGCUCAACGACCAUGAAGAGAGAAAAAAUCAAAUUAAAUUGCGAAUACAUACACUGGAAGCGACAUGUGAGGAAUGAAAACGUAAAAGCUUUGCUUGUUUAUUUUACUGGUUCUGAACUAUUUACAAAUCACCACACAUGCAUUAGACAGGCGUGUUGUGGACGAAGAAACUCCAAUCGGAAGUCACACAACCGUAUAAAUGGAUGUUGCAAUCAAUAG